ACUGUUGUUUCGCAAGGGUAAUCAGGUAUAUACACUUUGACCUCUCCACACCGGAAAUACUGACCCUUGAAUCAGCUUAUCCGCCAUUUUCAACAGCGACACGGAGAUCAAUGCUCUCCAUCUAAGUCUAUUUUGAGGUCAAUUCAACGUUUUAUUGACUCAGAAACUAUCCCUAAACUCUGCCGUGAGGAUCUGUGUCGACAAGAAAACACCGCGCAGUAGCUUGGAACAUCUGGCGUACCACUGAUCUGUAGCUUGACCAACAUGGCGACUGGAGCCGGAUCUCAUCUAGCACAAGGGAAAGGAGACGACGGACAGGAUUCUCCCCGUACCCACAAGUGCAGCCAUUGCGACAAGGAGUUUCGAUCCAAAAGUAAUCUCAAUCAACACCUGCGAACCCACACUGGUGAGAGACCAUACCUGUGUGGUGAAUGCGGGAAACGGUUUAGUCAUCAAUCUCAUUUAAAGGGCCACAUGAGAACUCACACCGGCGAGAAACCGUACCGAUGUGAGGAGUGCGGCAGGCGGUUUAGUAGGCCGGGCCAUCUGAAGAUACACAUGCGGACUCACACCGGAGAGAAACCGUACAAGUGUAAUGAAUGCCGCAAACAGUUUAUUCAGCUAUCAAAACUUAAGAGUCACAUGCGCACUCACACUGGGGAAAGACCGUACAGGUGCGAGGAGUGCAGCAAGCAGUUUAGUGAUCUACGGGCUGUAAAGAGACACAUACGAACUCACACCGGUGAGAAACCGUACACAUGCGAGGAGUGCAGCAAACAGUUCAGUGACCUGGGUCAUCUGAAGAGACACGUACGGAUCCACUCCGGCGAGAAACCGUACAAGUGUGAGGAGUGCAACAAACAGUUUAAUACGCUGACAAAUCUGAAGGCACACAUGCGGACUCACACUGGGGAAAAGCCAUUCAGGUGUGAGGAGUGCAGCAAGCAGUUCAGUCAGCUGGGUAAUCUGAAAGCACAUAAGAUGACUCACACCUGUGAGAGACCGUACAGGUGUGAGAAAUGCAACAAAGGCUUUCGCCAGUCAAGUGACUUGCGUGUCCACAUGCAAGCUCACACUGGCGAAUGCCUGUCAAUGCCUGUGUGAAGAUUACAACAUGUGGCGCAGUAUGAGACAUAGGUGAUGCCAGGGAAGGGACGUCAGCUCUUUUUGACAGGGGUAUUUUGACAGGAAUUUUUUGUUACGUAUGUUUCGGAAGAUAUACUGAUUGUGAUUCAGUACAGUACACGUUGGACUGACAUAAAAUGUCCAUGACCCCACUAAAACAAUAACGAUAGCUAUUUUUAAGGAAAUGAUAACUUGGUUUCGUCGUAUAUGAUUAUUAUUUGGUAAUUAGAGCUGUUCAUUUGAUGUUACAGUUAUGUUACAGUUGUGUUUUCUUUACUGUAGUUGCUGGAGGACUAAAUGUUUCUUUAUAUUUGACUGAUAAGCAUUUAAUGUUAACUGUAGCAAACAAGGUAGUUGGACCAAAAAGUUGCGAAGUAAUGUUUGCCCUUGUACCGUGCGCUGUACGUUGGUAGAGAUUUGCAGCUUGUCUGCACUCCAUAUGCUGUAAGCUGCUAGUGAUUUGUAUAACUUUCUCAAUUUCUUCAAUAAACUAAGACACGCUAUGUCU